AUGGCGGAGACAACGACAUCGACAUAUCGAAUCCGAUAUGCGCAGCAAUCCGACGUCCCAUCAAUUUUAGCGAUGAUCAACGAACUGGCCGACUACGAACACGCACUACACGAAGUCCUCGCGACCGAAGAAACACUGACCAAAACCCUCAGCUUCCCAGAUCCUUCAAGCCCGACAGGAUUCACGACCGGCUACGCCAAAACGCUCCUCCUUACCACACCCGGGUCGUCAUCCACCACAACCACGACCGACUCCACCACCUCUGGCCCCGAGGAAACCAUCGCCGGUAUGGCGCUCUUCUUCCACAACUACAGCACGUGGAAUGCCGCGCCGGGGAUCUACCUGGAGGACUUGUUCGUGCGACCCGUGCAUCGCGGUGCGGGAUUUGGGACGGCGCUCAUCCAGGCGCUCGCGCGUGAGUGUCUCAGGCUCGGGUGCUUGCGCCUAGAUUGGUCGGUGCUCAAGUGGAAUGAGCCGAGCAUCAAGUUCUACCAGGGUGGCAGUGUUGGUGCCACGAGGCUGGAGGAGUGGGUUGGUAUGCGUGUCGAUGGGGAUGGAUUGGGGAGGUUGGCAGGGAAUGUUCGGUGA